AUGACUGCUGAAAAAGGUGAAGCAAUCAAAGAAAAAGGCAAUAAACAUUUUUUACAAAAAAAAUAUAAUGAUGCCAUUCAUUGUUAUAAUCAAGCAUUGAAACAAAAUGGUGAAAAAGCUAUUUAUUAUGUCAAUCGAGCAUUAUGUUAUAUAAAAUUAAAACAAUGGGAUAAAGUUUAUCAAGAUGUUCGUCAUUGUCUUGAUCUUGAUCCAAAUUAUAUUAAAGCUCAUGCAUAUCUAGGACAAUAUUAUGUUGAACAACAACGAUAUGAUGAAGCUAUAACAUCUUUUAAACAAGCACUUGAUUUAUGCAAAAUUCAAAAUAAAAAUUUUGGUGAUGAAAUUCAACGAUUAUUACGAUAUGCUCAAAAACGUCGUUUUUCAUUGAUGGAACAAAAACGUAUUGAAAAUGAAAUAAGUUUACAAACAUAUCUUCGUUCAUUAUUACAAUCCGAUAAAGAACGACGUAUGCAAUUACGUAUUGAAAAAUAUUAUGAAGAUAAAGAUACAACAAAUAGUCUUUCGAUUUUAAAACAAUAUUUAUCAAAACUAACAAAUUAUCAUAAUCAACAAACAACAACAACAACAAAUCUUGGUUCAGUUGUAUCAGUUAGUCCGAAAUUAACAUCAACACAUAAUACAGAAACAAAUAUUAUUAUUGAUCAACAACUUGAACAAAUAUUACGCGAAAUUGAACAAUCAACUGAUCAAUCAUUGAAUGAAAUGAAUAAUUUAUUUAACGAAGUUGAUAUAAGAAGAAAACGACGCGAAAUACCCGAAUAUUUAACAUGUAAACUUUGUUAUGAUCUUAUGAGAGAUCCAGUUAUUACACCAUUUGGUAUUACUUAUUGUCGAGCAUGUAUUGAAGAAAAUCUUUAUAAAGUUAGUCAUUUAGAUCCAAUUGCAAAUAAACCAUUGGUCAUCGAACAACUUGUUAAUAAUCUUGUACUUAAAGAAAUAGUCGAAAAAUUUAUCAAAGAAAAUGAAUGGGUCAAUUCCGAAUGUUUCUAA